CCUGUAAACGUAGUUAGGGAUGAGGCCAUGAUUCUCACGCAGAUCGAGUUCCCGUUUAGGGUGUAUCGUUAUGAUGGCUAAGGUGAGGAUAACUCACGAGAAUAGAGAGGCAGAGAGAAGGCAUCUCUUCUUCGCCAUGGGAGCAGCAAAGGAAAUCAAGCGCGGCGCUUUAGUGUUUGAUUCCCCCCAUUGUGGCCGGAACAAAAACAAGAGGUGCAGCGACGCGUACAACAAGCCUUACGAACGAGGAUGCGAGAAGAGCCAACGUUGCCGCCACGACGGAAUCGGUGGGCUCCGCAGUGUCGGUCAUGGCGGUCACAAUGAGGACCAUCACGAGGCUGGACAGGGUGGACACGAUGAGGACCAUCACGAGGCUGGACCCGGUGGACACGAUGCCUUGUAAAGAUUGAAGCAGCGCAUGGCUGGUCGUAAAAAAUAAUACUCCCUCUGUCCCAAAAAGUCUUUCCUGUUUCAUUUUUUGCGCAUCUCAUAAAACACUUCUACCGACAUCUAAAAUACCUAAAAUUUACAACAUUUCUUCUUUAUUGUGGGUAGAAGUUAUUUUGAAAGUUUUUUUGGCAUUCAAGGCGGGAUAGAAGUGUUUUAUGGGAUGCGCAAAAAAUGAAACAGAAAAGACUUU